UUUCCGGUCCUCUCCCGGUAAUUCCGGGACGCAUCCGCACGCGACUCGAGGGAUACAGGACUCUCUGCGGUUUCUGCACUUCCCUCACUCCACAGGGGGCAAUGAGAAUUCCUGUCUUUUUGCAUUGACAACGAAAUGGGAAAAAGGUCCUCAUCUGUCCAGUAAGGAUGUUUCCGUCUCACAGAGAAAGGGAGCAACCCAUUUUCAGUACCCGAGCGCACGUGUUCCAGAUCGAUCCAGCUACUAAGCGCAACUGGAUCCCAGCCAGCAAGCAUGCAGUCACCGUCUCUUUCUUCUACGAUGCCAAUCGGCAUGCCUACCGCAUCAUCAGUGUGGGAGGCACCAAGGCUAUCAUCAACAGCACCAUCACACCCAACAUGACAUUCACUAAGACAUCCCAGAAGUUCGGCCAGUGGGCAGACAGCAGGGCUAACACAGUGUACGGCCUGGGCUUCGCCACUGAGCAGCAGCUUAACCAGUUUUCUGAGCGCUUUAAGGAGGUAAAGGAAGCGGCUCGGCUGGCUAGAGAGAAAUCACAAGACAAGAUGGAGCUGGCUAAUGCAGCAUUGAACAUCGCAGCCCCACAGGAUCUCUCAGACGAAUUGCAGUCACCACCGGUGAUGUGUGUGAAUGGGCCGGAGGAUAAACUGUUCCGGAGCCAGAGCGCAGACAUCACACUCUCAUCAGAGAAAGAGCGUAUCAAAAAGAUGCUCUCUGAAGGCUCUAUCUGUGAGAUGAACCUGGAGGCCGAGCUCUUCACUUUGCAGGACAGCAACGCAAAACUGGUGGCGGCGCUGCAUGAAGCUAAUGCCAAUGUGGAGCAGUGGAAGAAGCAGCUGGUGGCCUAUCAAGAGGAGACGGACAGGCUGCGAGAACAGGUGGCAGAUUUGGAGGCCCAUGGAGGCCAGGGGCCCAGCGACAUGCUGAAGGAUGAGCUCACACAGUCACUGGAGGAACUGGAGGCUUUACUCAAGGCAAAAGAUGAGGAAAUCCGUAUUCUUCAGGCGAAGAAGUCUGAUUUCCAUGAGAUGGAGCAGGAGAGAGAGGAAGCCAUUCACAGAUUACAGGAGCUGGAGAUGCGUAACAUGGAUCUGGAGCGGCGGGUGCAGGGUGCUGAGCAGAGCCUGGCCUCCACACUGGAGGAGCGAGACCGCACAGAGAACGAGGUCCAGAGGGUCAUCCAGAUCCUCGACGUCAAGCUCUUUGACCUCAAUGACCUGCGACAAAGCCUCGUCAAACUGCUCGAGAAGUAGAGCAGUAGAGCAAGAGCAGUCUUCUGACUGAAAGAGCUGGAGCUGUGGUGAAGUAGAGAGAGAGAGAGAGGAGAGGAGAGGAGAGGAGAGAGAGAAAGGGGCAGUCACUGUGCUCAGCGGCCCGGCUCUAAGAAACAGAAUGGCUGCCGUUCGAGAGGCGCCACGUGUCAGCACAUAGUGUAGCUAUGCUUUCAAAUAGAGAAUAUCAGAGGCUAGUGACUACACAUACACAACAUUUUGUUCUGUAGUUUUCGUUGAUGUUUCCUCUUGAUUUUUCAGUUAACAAUUUAGCAAUAAAUAUCAGUUUAAGUCAGUAUGAUAAUGAUUGGGGGUAAAGUAUAUUUUUGAUACAUCAGGUGACGCAUGGCAGAAUGUUUCCUUUCAGUAGAGGAAAAUAAAGAGUCUGAACAGAACUAA